AAAGAUCAUGUUUGUCCGAAUGAAUGUGACCUCCUUGGGCAGCCAUGAACAGCAGCCACUGUUUAUUGUGUGGAUGACAUUGUCUCAGUUACAUUUCCAGCCUCAUAGCACCUCACAGAACAUUCAUUCAUGUAUAUGAGGGAUUUUAUUGGAACAUGAGCUGCUGUAACUUUAAGCAUUUAGUCAAGUUGUUAACAUGAACUCUGAAACAGCCAAUAGACCCGAGAGGCUCACCAACACCAGAUUGUUAAAGCUUAAUUCCCAGCAGUACAUAGCACAACUAGCUAAAAGUAAUGCAGUCUGAAAAAAAUCAAUGCAUGCAUUGCAGCCUGGAGCGCAGUUUUAAAAUUUAUUUUUUGACAGUUUUUUCUCUCCCUCUACACUCUGAGCGAUGACAUCACACACUCUGACACCAACAUUCCGUGCAAUACACACCCAUUAUAAUCUCAGAAUUUCUCCAAAAAUGAUCAUGGUCAUUGAACAGGGAUUGAUAAAUAACUAUAUGACCUAUCGAAACGUGGAUUAAUACACCGAUACACAAGACUUGUGUCUACUGUUUAAAGUUUAAAUGGAGUCUCUAGGUGAAAUUCUGCCGGAGAAGUAGACGUUUAAAAAUCUCCAAUGAUUGUUCUUUUUCGCUCAUUUUUUGUCGGCCGUUCCAUUCAUUUCAAUGCAAAAUUUUGAGCACAGACCAUAUUUUUUAAGUCUGUGACUAUAGAAAAUAUCCAUGUUUACCAAUCUUCCAUGUGUUUUUUCACAUCAGGUCAAGGCUGUACAGAGUUUGCUGCCAACCAAUCACUCAAUGAGUCAACAAUCAGAUCAGAUAUACAAACGUGUGGACUUUAAAACAUCACUUUGGUCAGCUUGCGGUUGCUACUUGAUUUCUGUCGCGCUUUAAAAAUCUUAAUGGGCUUCCAAACUGAGAAGAUGAGAACACAUUUGAUUUUUGUGGUUGUGCUCUACCUCUGUGGGGUCUCCUUUAGUCAAGGGAAUCGGAAAGAAUGUCGUCGGCAGCUUCAGGAGAAUGUGAAUUUCCCGGGAUCAGACAUCAGGAAUCUCUUCUCUCCUGGUGCUGAGCACUGUCAGCAGCUGUGCACCCAGCACCCCUCCUGCCUCUUCUGGAGCGGUGAUUUCAGACAAAACAACUCCCACUGCUUCCUCAAGACCUCAACAUCUGAAAGGCCCAAUCGCCAGAGGACAGUGAAGGGUGUCACCUCUGGAUAUUCUCUCAAACCCUGCAACCCUGACCCAAAUCCUUGUCUGUCUAAGGUGUACCAGAACGUGGACUUCCCAGGGGCCGACUACAACAGCUUGUUCACAGCAGACUAUGAGGAGUGUCAGAGAGCCUGCACACAGGACCCUUCCUGUCAGUUCUUUACUUUUAUCAAUGAGAACUUUACAUCAGCACAAUACAGAUACAAGUGCCAACUUAAAUUCAGCUGGACGGUGCCAACGACUCCUCAACUAAGGCUAGAGGCUGGUUUAGAGUCCGGAUUCUCCCAUUCAGUACAAAUGUCUCGACAUGAUGACAUCACAGAAUGUAAGACCACGUUAUUUCCAAAUACUGAUAUCCCAGGAAACGACAUUCAGAGUCUGACUGCUGCCUCUCCGGAGCACUGCCAUGCAUUGUGCUCUGCUCAUCCACAGUGUUCCUACUUCUCUUUCACCAGUGAUGACUUCAUGUGUUACCUGAAGAACAAUUCCAAUGAAAUGGAAGUACAAGCUAAAGAAAGGGUCACAUCUGGGAUACCGGCACGCUCCUGUCAGCUAAAUAACAACUGGCUUAACAAGCGUUAUGAGGGAGUGGAUUUCUGGGGUUCUGACCUGGACGAUUUGCUGGCGGUUGAUGCAGAAGCGUGCCAGAGGACCUGUACUAAUUUUCCCGGCUGCCAGUUCUUCACCUAUGUCACUAUGAAGCACCGUGCAAUUCGUCACUGGCACAUAUGUUACCUCAAGCGUGUCAUCACCAUGCCUUCUCCUCCUAAAGUUACCAAACUGGCCAACGUUGUGUCAGGAUUCUCCCUGAGGAACUGUGAUCCACACACACACACAGAGACAGCAAGUGAUUCACAUGUAUAAUUAAUAAAAAGAUUCAGCACUUCAUGGAUGAGUUUGUUU